GGAUCAUUGUUUUUUUUAUAUCUCUCAUCAAACCAUCUGUUGAUGGAUUCACCUAGAAUUGACCUGCACAAACACGCCAUCAGUGACAAGAAAGCAAGAAUAAAUCUUAUGGAGGAAUAUAAGGAGAAGACUACCUCUGAAACUAAGAAGGUGGAAGAUAUGAGGCCUGUGCCAUUCAACAACAAUAGCCAAGUAUCGAACAACUCAAACACUAGAAAAUCGGAAAGUGCCUCAAGGCAAGGGAAAGACUCGCCUCAUUUAAGCGAAACGACGACCACCAAGCUAGAAGGCUCCUCCCAGCGAUUGGAUGGAUCAUCGCAGCGUUUUGAUGGAUCCUCGUCCACAGGUCAAGAUUUCAAGUCUGACUAGCCGUUUGCAAGAUCACAGAUUAACACUGUGAAAAAAAACAUGGCUGUGCCAACAAAAAAUGAUCCCCCAAUGCUUGCGGCCAUCAGAAAGUCCCUGUUUGGCCAAGGCACCAUAGGGGAGGAGGGGGAGAACGGAGAGGUGAGCGUGUACAACGUUGAGUUUGAGGCCGAGGAACUGCAGGGGCUUGAAGACGACUUUGGGGAGAUGAACUGCAGUGUCGGUGGGGAAAGUGACGAGGGCAGCCCGGUGAAGACUCCCACUAACUCUACACCGAGGGCUGCGAGGUACAACAAGGUGGCUGCUGGUGCUGUAGGGUCCUCAGUCGAGGAGAUUGUGCUGGACUCCAUUUACCUGCGGCCUGGUACAACGGGGGAAGAGCAGUCUCAGAGGAAGCUCCCCUACCUGAGCAAAGUCAGCCUCUUUGACGGUGGUAGUGGAAGUGGCAGUGAAGUAGACACAGAGGACGAGCUAGAACAGGCCAGAAAGGCUCAGGGAAUGAGACAUGAGGCAGCCGGUCAGGCCUGGCAACAGGGCACAUCUAGACCAGGUUUGGUAGGGGAAGAUAAUCGGUUUCCAAUAACCCAACGCCAGUCUGCGGAAGGUGACGUAGUUAACUCCCCUGUGCCUGGAGAUGGGGGUGGGGGUGGUGAUGGAACCAGUGGAUCUGAUAGUGAGGACACUGGUAGUUCUCGUCGACCAAACCGGAAUGCCCAGAAUUUUCAUGGCAACAGACAAAUGUCCACAUUACAUGGCAACCAGGGUCAGAGAAUACGCCCUAUGGGAGAUGAUUUACUCUCUGAUCUCAGAUUCAGUAGAUUUCCUAGUUUCAAUGGGUCGCAGAAAGAGGUGGACAGUCGCCUCAGUUUGCGCUACCUGACCCCCAUAAGCCCCGUUGAGGACUCUCAGACAGCCGCAAGCUUUGACGUGGAUGAGAUCCUAGGGGCCGAACACGAGUUCGACCCUGGGAACAGGCUCGAGGCCUCAGGCUUCAAUGCCGAUGAUGCAUCUGCUCUGGGUCUCAAGGUCACCCAAGGGUCGAAUCCAUUUGUCCAGAAGUCCAGCUCAUUUGGCUGCUUUGGUCUUGGGUUGGGGCAGGGCCUGGAGGAGGGGUCCCUGGGAAGUGAUGACUCUGCCUUUAGUGUGGAGAUGAUGGGAUCCUUUCCCCGCGAGGACAGGUCUGCUCACGAAGUUGACUGGAGCCUCUUGCAGCCAGGCAGAUCCAGUUCAGGCAUUCUGGGCAGCCAGGAGAUGGACAGAAUGGCACUGGGAAACAGAACUGCUGCAUCUGGGAGUCCUGACAGGAGCAGUGAUAGCCCAUUCCGUCAGUCACAGCUGUUAUCCCGGCCCAACAUGGGCGCCUACCCGUCUACGAGUUACACUGCUCCAUCCCUCCCCACGACCUCUAGGGCGCCCUCAACAGGGCAUGUGGCUAGUCAACACUCCAGUAUGAAUACUUCUGAGAGAGGGGGCAGGACUAGUGGAAGUAGUGACACAUCGGGUCCAGAGUUGAAGAAGAGCCAGGAAAAUGCUGAAUUUACAGUUUCCCAGACAUCAAGUAUUGCUGCCCGCUCAGAUGAUGUGUUUAAGAAGCCAACCAUGCCCCCACCUAAGGCUGCAAACUUCUCAAAAUCUGUGGCUACUCCCAUAAAGGCUGCCAGUACCGAUGUACAAGAUCAGACACUGACCAUGGACUCAUUGACCGCUGAGUCUCCUAAGGCCCUUGAUUUUACCCUGUCCGCUACACUGCUGGGAUUCAAACCUAAUCUGAAUCCAGGGUCAAACAUGGAUUCCGGUUAA